AUGUCUCAACCUAACGACUACGUGGUUGGGUGGAUAUGCGCUAUAAAAACGGAAUACGUUGCUGCGCUAGCAUUCCUCGACGAGGAGCAUAGAGGACAUGUGGCUGUGUCUCCAAAUGACAACAACGCUUAUACACUGGGAAAAAUAGGAGAACACAAUGUCGUCAUUGCUGUCUUGCCUGACGGUCAGUACGGCAUAUCCUCUGCUACAGGCGUCGCCAGGGAUAUGAUGCACAGCUUUCCUAAUGUGAAAAUUGGCCUGAUGGUCGGCAUUGGGGGCGGUGCGCCAAGCCGAAAGCAUGAUAUCCGUCUGGGCGACAUUGUGGUCAGCGCUCCUCGAGCGGGGAGAGGGGGUGUGUUCCAGUACAACUUCGGCAAAACAAUUCAAGAUCAGAGGUUCAGGCCGACGGGUUUACAAAAUCAACCGCCGAAUCUCCUCCUUGCAGCAGUGACUGCACUUGGUGGUCAGUAUGAGAUCGAUGGUCAUGGCAUUGAAAAGGUCAUAAAAAGCAUUCUCCAGAAGAAGCCAAGACUGCAGAAGAAGUAUAGCCGGCCAGACCCAAGCAGUGACAGACUGUAUCAGUCCAGGGUCGUACAUCCUGAAGAUGACGACUCAAGUUGCGUGGUAUCGUGUGGCACCGAUCUAUCAAAGCUGAUUGUGCGAUCUGAACGAACUCAAAACGAGGAUGAUCCGACCAUCCACUACGGCCUUAUUGCCUCAGCAGACCAACUAAUGAAGGAUGCGUUGGUUAGGGAUAAGCUCGCCGCGGAAGAAGACAUUCUAUGCUUUGAAAUGGAAGCGGCGGGGUUGAUGAACCAUUUUCCUUGCCUAGUUAUCCGCGGUAUGUGCGACUACUCUGAUUCCCAUAAGAAUAAAGAGUGGCAGGGUUAUGCAGCAAUGGUGGCUGCUGCAUAUGCGAAGGAUCUUCUCUGUCGAAUAGCUCCAAAUGGGGUUGAAGCUGAAAGGAAGAUCAGCGAUAUUUUAUCCGAAGAGCACCGGGACGUUGCAAAGGAGCAUCUCCAAGCCCAGAAAGAUCUAGCCAAGGAAAAGCUGUCCGAAGACGAGCGGAAGUGUCACCAGCUCUUCCGUCUCACAACUGGCAACACAUACGAAUGGUAUAAAGAGCGGGUGGAAGAGAGGGUUGAAGGCACUUGUAUGUGGUUCCUCAACCACGGGCACUUCCAGACGUGGUUAAACCAAGAGUCUGGGCCCUUACUAGUCUCGGCAGAUCCUGGCUGUGGAAAGUCGGUGCUAGCCAAGUACCUGAUUGACCAGGGCCUGCCACGAUCGACAACAAUCUGCUACUUCUUUUUCAAAGAGCAAGACCAAAACACCGUGCGGCAGGCGCUUUGUGCCUUGCUUCACCAGCUCUUCUCCCAGAAGCCGUCUCUGAUCGAACAUGCCAUGCCACAAUUCUACAAGGAUGGACAAGGUCUAAUCGACUCUAUACAAUCCCUCUGGAAGAUUAUACAAAACACGAUAAAAGAUCCCAAGACGGGACCUGUAGUCAUGGUUCUUGAUGCCCUGGAUGAAUGUGCCGGAUCAGAGUUUGCAGACUUGGUGCGAAAUGUGGCGAGCCAAUUCCGUAGCGACCAGUCAGGCUACGGCAAAUUAAAGUAUCUUCUGACCUGCCGCCCAUAUGACCAGAUUGUAUCCAAGUUCCGCGGCCUGUUAGAAGAUUUCCCAAAUAUCCAUAUCCCAGGAGAGGAAGAGUCGGAAACAAUCAUCCAGGAGGUGAAUCACGUCAUUGCGUGCCGGAUCAAUCAGCUGUCGAUAACGAAGCGCCUCUCGCUCCAAAUCAAGGAUCACCUGGAGAAAAGAUUACAGGAGACUACCCACCGCACUUAUCUAUGGGGGGUUGACUCUGCUAUCGCAACACUUCCGAGGAGUAUCAACGAGGCAUAUGAGCAAAUCCUCAAUAAGACUAAAGAAGAUCCGAUGGUUCGGAAAGUCUUAAGUAUUAUCUUGGCAGCGAAACGGCCACUAACCCUCUCGGAAAUGAACGUUGCCAUAAAUAUAGAUGACACAUCACAGUCUAUUCAAGACCUCGACCUAGAAAACGAUGAGCAUUUUAAGACACGUCUCAGAUCUUGGUGUGGUUUAUUCGUCUCAAUCCAUCAAGGCAGUAUUUAUUUCCUUCACCAAACGGCUCGCGAGUUUCUCGUCGCAGAUUCGGCUUCGCCCACGGCUGUUUCGACAGAGCUGCAUUGGCAUCACUCUAUCACUACCCAAGCUGCACACGCCGUUCUUGCAGAGCUUUGCGUGCUUUAUCUGAACUUGUUCAACUCCAACGAUACUCUAUCGACAGAUGCGAACGCGGAAAACGGCCACACUUUUGAUAGGGGCGCGUUCUUAAAUUACUCAGCUCAAACUUGGGGCGCCCAUUUCCGCGAGGCUUGUAUUGUCGAUGAUGCCGGUAUUAUACCGUUUGCUCUAAGAAUUUGCGAUCCAGAUUCAAGCAGCUACACGAUAUGGUUUGAAAUUUAUUGGAAGAAUACCUUCUGGGACAAUACGGAACAUUUUACAGAUCUCAUCAUAGCGUCAUACUAUGGCCACCAUGUCAUCGUCAAGCUUCUGCUCGAAAAGGGUGCCGAUGUCCAGGCCAAGGACAAGCAAGGUCGGACGCCGCUGUGGUGGGCCGCCAUGAAUGGGCACGAGGCCACUGUUAAGCUGCUACUCGAGACGGACGCCGAUGUUGAGGCCAAAGCUAAGCAAAGUCGGACGCCACUGUGGCAGGCUGCCGCAAGCGGGUACGAAGCUAUCGUUAAGCUACUGCUCGAGAAGGGCGCCAACGUUGAGGCUAAGGACGAGCAUAGUCAGACGCCACUAUGGCAGGCUGCUGCAAGCAGGCACGAAGCUAUCGUUAGGCUACUGCUCGAGAAUGGUGCCAACGUCGAGGCUAAGGACAAGCAGAGCCUGACGCCGCUAUGGUGGGCCGCUGCAAGCGGGUACGAAGCUAUCGUUAAGCUACUGCUUGAGAAGGGUGCCAACGUUGAGGCUAAGGACGAGUAUGGUCGGACGCCACUAUGUCAGGCGGCCGCGAAGGGGCAUGAGGCAAUCGUUAAGCUGCUACUCAAAACAAAUGCUGAUAUCGAGGCUAAGGACAAGCAAAGUCAGACACCACUAUGGCAGGCCGCUGCAAGCGGGUACGAAGCUAUCGUUAAGCUACUGCUCGAGAAGGGCGCCAACGUUGAGGCUAAGGACGAGCAUAGUCAGACGCCACUGUGGCAGGCGGCCGCGAAGGGGCAUGAAGCUAUCGUUAAGCUACUACUUAAGACUGGUGCUGAUGUCAAGACUAAGGAUGAUUAUAGUCAGACAUCGCUAUGGUGGGCCGCUGCGAAUAGGCACGAGGUCAUUGUUAAGCUACUACUCGAGACUGGUGCUGAUGUCGAGGUUAAGGACGAGGAUGGCCAGACACCGUUAUGGCAGGCCGCCGCAAAGGGGCACGAGGCCAUUGUUAAGCUACUACUCGAGACUGGUGCUGAUGUCGAGGUUAAGGACGAGGAUGGUCAGACGCCGUUAUGUCAGGCCGCCGCACAGGGGCACGAGGCCAUCGUUAAGCUGCUACUUGAGACUGGUGCUGAUGUCGAGGUUAAGGACGAUAAUGGUCGGACGCCGUUAUGGCAGGCCGCCGCGAAGGGGAAGGAGGCAAUCGUUAAACUGCUACUCGAGACUGGUGCCGACGUCAGUGUUAAGGAUAAUCAGGGUCGGACGCCCCUGUGGUGGGGCGCUACGAACGGAAAUGAGCUCACUGUCAAGCUGCUACUUGAGAAGGGCGCCGACGUUGGGGUCAAGGAUAAUUUUAGUGAGACACCGCUGCGCCAGGGCGCCGUGAGCGGGAACGAGGCUAUCAUUAAGCUACUACUCGAGAAGAGCGCUGAUAUAGAGGCUAAGGACGAGUAUAGUCGGACGCCACUAUGGUGUGCGGCUGCGAGCGGGCACGAGGCUAUCGUCAAGCUGCUACUUGAGAAGGGCGCUGAUGUCGAGGUUAAGGAUAUCCAGAGUCGAACGCCGCUGUGGUGGGUCGCCGCGAGCCGGUACGAAGCUAUCGUUAAGCUACUGCUCGAGAAGGGCGCCAACGUUGAGGCCAAGGACGAGCAUGGUCAGACGCCACUAUGGUGUGCCGCCGCGAGCGGGCACGAGGCCAUUGUUAAGCUGCUACUCGAGAAGGGCGCUGAUGUUGAGGCUAAGGAUAACCAGAGUCAAACGCUGCUGUGGUGUGCGGUUGUAAGCGGGCACGAGUCAAUAGCUAAGCUGCUACUCGAAACGGGUGCUAAUAUCGAGGCUAAGGAUAAGCAAGGUCAGGCACCGCUAUGGUAUGCUGCUACAAGCGGGCACGAGGCAAUCGUCAAGCUGCUACUUGAGAAAGGCGCCGAUGUCGAGGUUAAAGACAAGCAAAGUCGGACGCCGCUAUGGCAGGCGGCUGCGAAGGGGCACGAGACAAUCGUCAAGCUGCUAAUCGAAACGGGAGCUAAUGUUGAGGCUAAGGACAAGCUAAUUCGGACGCCACUAUGGCAGGCUGCUGCAAGCGGGCACAAAGCUAUCGUUAGGCUACUGCUCGAGACGGGAGCUGAUGUCGAGGCUAGGGAGGAUUAUAGCCAGACGCCGCUAUGGCAGGCUGCUACAAGUGGGCAUAAGGCAAUCGUUAAGCUGCUACUUAAGAAUGGCGCUGAUGUCGGGGCUAAGGAUAAUUUUAGCGAGACACCGCUACACCAGAGUACCGCAAAUGGGCAUAAGUCUAUUGUUAAGCUGCUACUUGACCAGGGCGCUGAUAUCGAGGUUAAGGAUAAGCAGAGUCGGACGCCGCUAUGGUAUGCUGCUACAAGUGGGUACGAGACGAUCGUUAAGCUACUACUCGAAAAAGACGCCAAUAUCGAGGCUAAGGACAAGCAGAGUCGGACGCCACUAUGGCAGGCUGCCACAAGCGGGUACGAAGCUAUCAUUAAGCUACUACUCGAGAAAGGCGCCAACAUCGAGGCUAAGAACGAGCAGAGUCAGACGCCGCUAUGGUGGGCCGCUAAGAACGGGCACGAGGUAACCGUUAAGCUGCUGCUUGAGAAGGGUGCCAACAUAGAGGCUAAGGACAAGGAUGAUCAGACACCACUAUGGCAGGCGGCUGCGAAGGGGCACGAGGCAAUUGUCAAGCUGCUACUCGAAACGAGUGCUGAUGUCGAGGCUAAGGACAAGCAAAGUCGGACGCCACUAUGGCAGGCUGCCGCAAGCGGGUACGAAGCUAUCGUUAAGCUACUGCUCGAGAAGGGCGCCAACGUCGAGGCCAAGAACGAGCAGAGUCGGACGCCGCUAUGGUGGGCCGCUAAGAACGGGCACGAGGUAACCGUCAAGCUGCUGCUUGAGAAGGGCGCCGACGGCGAGGCUAAGGAUAAUCUUGGUGAGACACCGCUGCUCCAGGGUGCCGCGAAGGGCCAUGUGGCUAUCGUAAAGCUACUACUCAAGAAGGGCGCGAGUAUGGUGAGACGCCCCUGUGGCAGACCGCCGUGA